GGUGACUCAAGAUUUUCAAGGCUAAUUCCAAUAAUUUUGAUAAACAAAGCUCUAAUCUCAUUCCUCAUUGCGUUUUAUUUUCUUUCUCUGUCAGAGAUAUGUAAUAGAAUACUCUGUUAUUAUCAUUAUUCUAAUAUUGUAGUUUCUUGUGUCUGUUGUUAUCUGCAUUGAAUGUUCAUAAGUAGUGAAAUUGACAGUAUUCAAACACUAGUGUUUCUUGAAUGCAUUCUUAAGUGUCUCCAUAGUUCAUAUAAUUUAAUAAACGUUGUUCGUGUUCUUCAAGAAAUUACUUAGAAAUGUGCUAUUAGAUGAUAAACUUCUAUUAAUUUUACUGUACUUUUGAUUGAAUUAGGUGAGUCGAUCUUUUCCUCCAGUUUUGCCUAAACAGAUAAAAAUGCCUAUCCUAUACAGUGUGGUUGCAAGAGGAACCACGGUUCUAGCGAAGUUUGCAACAUGCGCUGGAAACUUUUCAGAGGUCACAGAGCAAAUCUUGGCGAAAAUAGGUCCAGAAGACAGAAAAAAGACUCUCUCUCACAGCAGCUACUUAUUCCACUACAUUUGUGAAGACAGAGUAAUCUACAUGUGCAUUGCAGAUGAUGAGUUUGAGCGAUCUAGAGCGUUUCUUUACUUGAAUGAAAUAAAAAAGAGGUUCCGUUCAACCUACGGCAGCAGAGCUGACACAGCUAUUGCAUAUGCAAUGAACUCUGAAUUUGGACCAAUCUUAGGAAAUGAAAUGAAAUAUUAUUCAGAAUCAAAGGAUAUCGAUACAAUUUCGCGAGUUCAUGGAGAACUGGAUGAACUAAAAGAUAUAAUGGUGCAUAAUAUCGAUAAUCUAGCAAUGCGAGGGGAACGUUUGGAACUACUAGUCGAUAAAACUGAAAAUCUCACUGCCAGUUCAGUUACAUUCCGAGCAACCAGUAGAAACCUUCAGCGUGCUCUGUUCUGGAAAAACAUGAAAUUGUACUUGAUUAUCUCUGCUAUUGUUUUGGUUAUUAUUUACUUCAUCCUAGCUAUGUCUUGUGGAUUGACUCUAUCCAGCUGCUGAGAGAUUACAUAAAUCAUCUCAAUUUAUAAAUAACAAUGUAUGAUCUUCAGUAAAGAGUCUUCCUUGUGAUAUGUUCAAUCAUGAAUUUAAACUAUAAGUCACUUUUUUAUUAUAUAUUAUCCUUUACUCAUGGUUCAAGUAAUUAUUAUACUACGUUCCUUUUUAGAAAUCGGUUGAACCUUUCAAGUUCUCUCCAUAUUUUAUAUUAAUCAGAAAACUAAUUGACAAGGUCGAAUCAAUGUUUUGUCAAUUGUAUUGAAGACUAGAUUGCGACAAAUUUUAUUUAGAUCAAUGUAUUUUGUUGGCUGCCGUUUAGAACAUGAUUAGGUGAGAUUGAAACGGUUUUAUGUUAGUUGUAUGAGUUCAAAAAUAUAUAUUUAUACACAGAUUGUUUUAUUAUCAAAGAAUCUAAUUGAUGUAUUUGCAUAUUAUAACAUAUUAUAGAAAUUUAUCU